CAAUUCAAGAGGCAAUAUAAGGUAGCUAGCUAGCCGGCUUGCUCAGCUCUUUCAUUCUCUAAAAUGGAGGCCGCAAUCAAUUUCUUCAUUUCGUUUGCCUUAUUGUUUCUUUCAAUAAUCUUCAUUUUAGUCCAGACGCAAUGGAAGAAAAAGGCAAAAACUCUGCCGCCAGGGCCGUGGAAGCUGCCCAUCAUUGGGAAUUUGCUCCACUUGACUGGCUCACGCCCCCUCCACCACGUCCUUAGAGAUUUAGCCAACAAGUACGGCGGCUCCUCAGGCCUCAUUCACAUUCAAAUUGGAGAAGUUUCGACAGUAAUCGUGUCGUCGCGUGAGAUGGCGAAAGAGUUCCUAAGAACCCACGACCUGGCUUUUGCGAGCAGGCCAGAACUCUUGGCCACCAAAAUACUCUUCUACAAUCGUUCCGACAUUGUGCUCUCUCCUUACGGAGAUCACUGGAGACAAAUGCGCAAAAUAUGUGUGACCGAGGUCCUCAACGCCAAACUUAUCCGCUCCUUCAGCUCCAUCAGGAGCGAUGAGAUCCAUCGUCUAUUGACUCACGUCCGUUCAUCUUUGGGGAGCCCACUCAAUUUCUCUGAGAGAAUCUCCUUGUUUACUAGCUCCAUUAUAUGCAGAUCCACAUUGGGUAAGGUAUUCAUUGGGAGAGAGGAGUUACUUGAGCUAGUGGAUGAGAUAUCAGCCUUGUUAGGAGGGUUCGAGUUUGCAGAUGUGUUUCCCUCCUGGAAGCUUCUUCACGGCCUCUGCGGGAACAAGAAAAGGAUCCUUAAUGUUCACCGUAAAACAGAUGCAAUUACUGAGAGCAUCAUAAAAGAGCACGAAAAGAACAUAGAAAGUGGCAACCAGGGAAGUGGUGAGUUAGGGGGUGAAGAUAUAGUUGAUGUCCUCAUCAAACUUGAGAAAAACGGUACCCUUCAACGGCCUAUCACCCACGACAUCAUCAAAGCCACAAUCAUAGAUAUGUUUGGAGCAGGAACCGAGACAUCAUCAACUACGGUAGUGUGGGCAAUGUCAGAAAUGAUGAAAAAUCCAAGGGUGCUGGCCAAAGCACAAGCGGAGGUGAGAGAAAUCUUCAGAGGGAAAGAAAAGCUGGAGGAAGAUGACGUGGAACAGUUACAAUACCUCAAGUUAGUGGUCAAAGAAGCUUUGAGGUGUCAUCCUCCGGCUCCCUUGUUAAUUCCCAGAGAGUGCACGGAAGAAACUGUUGUGUGCGGAUACACAAUACCGCAGAAGGCUAGAGUGUUAAUUAAUGUGUGGGCGAAUGGCAGGGAUCCCAAAUACUGGGAGGAUCCAGAGAGCUUUAUACCCGAGAGAUUUGAAAACAGUUCAAUUGACUUCACGGGGAAUCACUUCGAAUUUUUGCCGUUUGGUGGAGGAAGGAGAAUAUGUCCAGCACUUACGUUUGGUUUUGCCAAUACUGUGUCUCCUUUAGCACACUUGCUGUACCACUUUGAUUGGAACUUCGUUCCUGGAAUUACUGCUCAUACAUUUGACAUGAAAGAGAAGCCCGGAGUAGCUGUAGGAAGAAACACCGAUCUUUUCUUGAUUCCUACUUCGCCCGGCCUCCUAGCGUGCAGUUAAUAAUAUACAUCUCAUCAUCUACUACUAUAUAUGCAUACCGCGAAAUAAAAUCUCACCUCAAUUUGGAAUGGAGACUUAUAAAAUAAUGAGUACAGUUAAGCUCAAUGUAGUUUUUCCAUCCUUUGCAUUAAUUUCCAUCUAUGUGCUGUUAAAUUCAAGAAUAUUUUAGUAA